AUUAAUGUCAGUGACACAGAUUCUCCCAAAAUCUUCUUGGAAUUACUAGUCAAAUUCUUUUCUGAUUUUUCUUUCCUUGGUUUUCUCUGUAAAUCUCCCAUUUUACUCACUGUCAUUCAGCUGGAAAAUUCCAAGAAAGAAAAAAAAAAAAAAUGGGAGGAGAACAUUUUGACUCUUCAGUUUCGAUCUCUAAUCUUCUUUGUUGUGAAGAAUCUGAAUCUUGUUUUGAUGAUGAAAUUGUUGAAGAAAACAAUUUUAGUUUUAAUUAUAAUUUUUCAGUACAGAAUGAAUCUCCAGAUGACGAAUAUAUUGAGAUGUUAAUUGAUAGAGAAAGAAUUUCAGAAAAUCGAUUUACACUAGUUGAUGAUGAUGAUAAUUGGUUGAAAUCUGCAAGAUUAGAAUCGAUUAAAUGGAUUAUCAGUAAAAGUGAUUACUUCGGAUUUGGAUUCCAAACUGCUUAUUUAUCGAUUAGUUACGUCGAUCGAUUUCUAUCUAAGCGAAUCACUGAUAGUGAGAAAUCAUGGGCAAUCCGAUUAUUAUCAAUCGCCAGUUUAUCAUUGGCAGCAAAAAUGGAAGAAUGUGAAGUUCCAUUACUAUCAAAAUUCAAUUCAGAACAAGAACUCAAUUUUGAGAGCAAUACUAUUCAGAAAAUGGAACUUAUGAUUUGUAGUACGUUGGAAUGGAGAAUGAAUUCAAUCACUCCAUUCUCUUAUCUUCAUUACUUCAUUUCCAAUUUUAGCAAUGAAUCGAGGCGGCGGCCGCCAUCGAAAGAUUUACUAUCGAAAUCAAUUGAACUUGUCUUUGCAUUCACAAAAGAGAUAAAUUUGAUAGGCCAUCCACCAUCCAUUGUGGCUGCAGCUUCUGUUUUAGCAGCAUUGGAUCAAAGAUUAACGAGAAAAACAAUUGAAUACAAAAUGAGUUUGAUUUCUUCAUGUGGGUCUUUAGAUAAUGAUCAUUUAUUUUCUUGCUAUAAUAUGAUGAAGAAACUGCAAAGAGAAACUUAUGAAAUGACAAACUUUAUAGUUUCCUCUGACAUAACAUCAACCUAUUCAAGUUCAGUUGAUGUUGUUGGGGAUUCUUCAUGCAUUUCGGCUUUCAGAAUUAAGAAGAGAAAGGUUACAGCACUUAGUGAUUGCGAUAAAAGAAUGAGACAUCCAAUUACAAGUGAUUGCACUGAAGAGAAUGCCUGUUUGUAGGAGGCUUUACUGAAGCUAGCUCUUACAUCAAUUUUGGGUUUGUGUUGUAUUUGAACCAAGAAUUAGUCUUGUGCAGAAAAACGAGUUUUUAUACUGCUGCACGUGUACAUGAUAUGACACUGAUUAUUAUGGUUUUUCUUUCCCGAAAACCAAAUGAAAGAACAAACAGUGGUGGACUGGUGGGGGGAAAAAAUAAAAGAAGUGAAAAAUCUUUUUUUCAA